GCGCGCGGCCGGUGGGGCGCGCGCGCCGGAGGGAGGGAGCCGGGAGGCAGCGGAGCAGCGUCCGCCGCCAUAUUAGGGACCGCGGAGCCCGGGAUUCUGUCAGCGGCGGCCGCCGCUGGGCCUGCGGGAGCUGUGGGGGUCGGAGGCGGGCGCCGUGCGGUGCCGAGAAAGGCGGGGUCGGCGGGAGCCAGCCAGCGACAGGAGCGAGCCAGGCUGACCUUGCUGUGGGCCGAGCCCUGCCUCGCCAUGGACCAGGACUAUGAGCGGCGCCUGCUCCGCCAGAUUGUCAUCCAGAACGAGAACACGAUGCCCCGUGUCACGGAGAUGCGGCGGACCCUGACGCCUGCCAGCUCCCCGGUGUCCUCGCCUAGCAAGCACGGAGACCGCUUCAUCCCUUCCAGAGCAGGGGCCAAUUGGAGCGUGAACUUCCACAGGAUCAAUGAGAAUGAGAAGUCUCCCAGUCAGAACCGGAAAGCCAAGGACGCCACCUCAGACAACGGCAAAGACGGCCUGGCCUACUCCGCCCUGCUCAAGAACGAGCUGCUGGGCGCCGGCAUCGAGAAGGUUCAGGACCCGCAGACCGAGGACCGCAGGCUGCAGCCUUCCACGCCCGAGAAGAAGGGUCUGUUCACGUAUUCCCUCAGCACCAAGCGCUCAAGCCCCGACGACGGCAACGAUGUGUCGCCGUAUUCCUUGUCUCCCGUCAGCAAUAAGAGUCAGAAGCUGCUCCGGUCUCCACGGAAACCCACCCGCAAGAUCUCCAAGAUCCCCUUCAAGGUGCUGGACGCACCCGAGCUGCAGGACGACUUCUACCUGAACCUGGUGGACUGGUCGUCCCUCAACGUGCUCAGCGUGGGGCUGGGCACCUGUGUGUACCUGUGGAGUGCCUGCACCAGCCAGGUGACGCGGCUCUGUGACCUCUCGGUGGAAGGGGACUCAGUGACCUCCGUGGGCUGGUCUGAACGGGGGAACCUUGUGGCGGUGGGCACACACAAGGGCUUUGUGCAGAUUUGGGACGCAGCCGCAGGGAAGAAGCUGUCCAUGUUGGAGGGCCACACGGCACGCGUUGGGGCGCUGGCCUGGAACGCUGACCAGCUGUCAUCUGGUAGCCGGGACCGCAUGAUCCUGCAGAGGGACAUCCGCACCCCCCCGCUGCAGUCAGAGCGGCGGCUGCAGGGCCACCGCCAGGAGGUGUGCGGGCUCAAGUGGUCCACGGACCACCAGCUUCUCGCCUCGGGGGGCAACGACAACAAGCUGCUGGUCUGGAAUCACUCGAGCCUGAGUCCUGUGCAGCAGUACACAGAGCACCUGGCAGCCGUGAAGGCCAUCGCCUGGUCCCCGCACCAGCACGGCCUGCUGGCUUCGGGGGGCGGCACGGCCGACCGCUGCAUCCGCUUCUGGAACACGCUGACGGGGCAGCCGCUGCAGUGUAUCGACACGGGCUCCCAAGUGUGCAAUCUGGCCUGGUCCAAGCACGCCAAUGAGCUGGUGAGCACGCACGGCUACUCGCAGAACCAGAUCCUCGUCUGGAAGUACCCCUCCCUGACCCAGGUGGCCAAGCUGACUGGGCACUCCUACCGCGUGCUGUACUUGGCAAUGUCCCCUGACGGGGAGGCCAUCGUCACUGGUGCUGGAGAUGAGACCCUGAGGUUCUGGAACGUCUUUAGCAAAACCCGUUCGACAAAGGUAAAGUGGGAAUCUGUGUCUGUGCUCAACCUCUUCACCAGGAUCCGGUAAACCCGCCGAGCAGGACCGCACCACACCAGCCAUCUGGGGCCAGAGGACCCCAGCUCUUCAGCUUGCAUGGACCCUGCCCUUCCAGCGCUUGUCCCCCAAGGAAGGCGGCCGGGCGGGCGGGGAGCUGGGCCUGGAGGAUCCUGGAGUCUCAUUAAACGCCUGAUUGUGAACCAUGUCCACCAGUAUCUGGGGUGGGCACGUGCUCGGGGACCCUCAGCAUUGGGGGCUCCGUCCCACUUCUCAGAGGGCAAGAACCACAUUGGACGGCCCCAGCUCGGACUGUCUGUGCUCAGAGCAACGGAUGCCCCCUGGGACCCUCACUGCUUCUGUCUAUUGGGCACCUGCCCGCCAAGGCCGCAUGCUCUUCCUGGAACUGCCCACAUCUUCAGGGAACAGACCAGAUGCCCCGGCUGCCGGUUCACAGCUGUAGUCCCUCUGUGUUGAACCCAAGGCCAGACCAAGACCUGAAGGCCUGUGGAUGCAGGAGACACUUCCCGCCUGGAUUUCACCUUGCAGCCACCUCUGCUGUCACUUCUCCAAACAGUGAUCUUUCUUGGAAGCAUCUGUGUCAUGGCUAUUGCCUGGCAGGCGGUGGGCUUCGGACGGGCCUGUGCAUCCCAGCUGAGCAUUACCCUCACACCAGAGGAGGACAUCUGCUCUGGACUCGUCACCCUGGGAGAACUGAUGCCGGGCCUGCUCACCGCGCAGGCUAGAGAGUGUGACAGGUGCUGUGUCCUUGUGCGUUCGCCAACUCGUGCCCUCACGGUGUCCAGCAUCCCCCUUGCCUGCGGCGUGAGACUCGCGUCCCUGAGCCUGCUGGGUGGCUGGGUCCUGUGGAGGCCAGCAGUAGUGCAGCUGCCGCCUGUGUCUUGGCCUAUCCUGUCCGUUGGCGCUGGUAGCCGUAGGGAAGCCAGGGAGGCCCGAGGGGCCCAGGAGGUGGAUGCCCUUUGUCCUUCCAGAAGCUUCUCGUGCUCCCAGACCACGAGGCAGGCCAAGAGGGAGGCAAGGCCAGGUAGUGGAGCCUAAGCUGAGCACAGCCCCCGCCCGUCCCUCUGCCCCGCCUUCCCAUUUCAUAGGUAGGGACAUGGAGAGGGUGGGGCGGGCUGGGGUUGGAGGGUCCCAUCUGCCACCCUGCUGCACUUGGGAACCUGCACCCCUCGUGUCCUGACAGCCUGGCGUCCCCAGCGGGGCUGGUGUGCAUGUGUACAUAUGUAUUUGUGACUUUUC